AUGAGUUCAAAACCAUUGUCGUCAAAUAAAAGGGGAGGACAAAAGAUAAAUAAAUUUUUUUCAAAAAAAUCAAAGUCAAAUACCGAUUCAACUGAUUCAAGUAUUUUUAUUACAAAUGUAAUUCAAAAAGAAGAUACAGAAUCUGUUACUGAUGAUAUUCAAGAGAAAACUAAUGUUAAAGAAAAAAUGGUUAAUGAAUAUUUCAACGAAUUUGAUGUUGAACAAAUUCCAAGAAAGUAUAAUUGUAAUAUGGAAGAUCUGUUUGAAAAAUUCAAUGACAAUACAUUUUUGAAACUUUAUCGUUUUCCAAAACUGAUUGUCAUUGAUCAGUUAGUAGAUUUAUUAGGUAUUCAAGUCAAUAAUCAAGGAUUACCUGUACUUCUCAUUCUACAGUUAUUGAUAAAAUUACAAUUUUAUGCAACAGCAAACUUUCAAACUGUCUGUGGAGACUUGAGAGGCAUUAACCAGAGCACUGUAUCUAUAAUUAUUAAAAGAAUCUCCCAUCAGAUUGCUAGUCGUUUUAAGUAACUAAAUCCCUAAUAACAAUGGUUAUCAUUACAUAAACUUUUACAUAGCUAUGGAAUACAUAAAUAUUGUUUAUGCAAGACACAAUUUAUGUCAUACAUAAAAAUUGUUAUGAGCCACUUAGCUAUGGGUCACUUAAGCCAUUAUAUAUGACACAUAACCACAGGACUAUGCAUACGGGCAUGUUAGGCUUAUUUCUUAGUCAUUGAUUUAAAUGGAAAAACAUUAAAAAAAACUAUAAUUGAAUUAUUAGAACAGUUAGGAUUAAGUUUAUUUAAGAGGACGUGGAUAUGAUAGAGCUGCCAACGUGUCUGGCAAAUUUAAAUACACACAAGGUUAUAUUUUAAAACAUCAACCUCUAGCUACAUAUGCACAUUGCUAUAGCUACUGUUUAAAUUUAGUUUUAAUUAAGUCAUGUUCAAUACAACUAAUGUAAAAUACAAUUGAAGUUGUUAAAGAAGUUACAAAUUUCAUGAGAGAUUCUCCAAAAAUAAAAUUUAAAAAUACUGUCCGAAUCUUAAUUCAGAUAUAUUAUCAAAAUGAUAUACAAGUAGGUGGGUCAAACACUACAACACUUUUAUAAAAUUUAAUCAAAUGCUUCCUAUCAUAUUUUAUAUACGGCAAGGCCAUAUCCAGAAAUAUUUU